CGGUUCUGGUGGUAGUUAAAACCUUUCCAUUGAAUUUAUUCCCACGCAUUUACACCCACGCAUUUACACCCACGCAUUUCAAUUUAUUUAUUCCCACAUUUUCCAAUUUCAAUUGUAAAUUAGUUUUCACAAUUCAGCCAAAUCCAAUCGCAAAAAAUUUCGAUCGAUUUUUCAAUCCAAGAUCGCAAAAAUGCCAGCAACAAUCUCUCAAUUAUCAUGCUCCUCAUACAUCAGCCGCAAUUUUCAUCUUCAACAACGCCGAUCGUCAUCGCUAUUCUUCAAUCAUCGUUCAAAGUUAUCAGUUAUUAGGAGCGUUGAAGGACAGGAUGCUGAAACCUCUAGUUCAGGCAACAUGCCUAAGCUAAGUUAUGCGGCUGAUUUAUCGAGCCCAAUCGUGGAAUCGGUGGAGAAAUCGUAUCCUGGGACAGAGGAACAUGUUAAUGGAAAAAUUGGUGGGAAUGGAACUUUGAUUCCGGAUGUUGUAGAGCAGAAGAAGACAGCUAAGAUCCACGAUUUUUGCUUCGGUAUCCCUUUUGGUGGUUUUGUUCUCACUGGGGGACUUCUUGGUUCUAUUUUUUCGAGGAACUUGGCCUCUCUUGGAACGGGUGUUCUUUUUGGAGGUGCUAUUCUAGCAUUCAGUAUAAUCAGUUUAAAGGUUUGGAAAGAAGGCAAAUCAAGUUUCCCUCUUAUUAUUGGACAAGCAGUUCUUGCAGCAACCUUGUUAUGGAAGAACUUCCAGAACUACUCUGUGUCAAAGAAACUGUUUCCAGCAGGACUCUAUGUUCUAGUGAGUGCGGCCAUGCUGCUCUUUUAUUCUUAUGUGGUGAUUUCUGGAGGAAAUCCACCCCCUAAGAAAUUGAAAUCUGUUGCUGAAGCUGCAUCAUGAUGAAACAUUUUCGAGGUCAGAUUGUACGUUUUGAUGGUGAAAAUGUGAUUUUGCUCCCAAUCUUUUUUUUUCCCCCCUGAAUGUUAUAGUAGGUAUACUUUUCUGACUUGAUAGCAUACCAUGCAAGAAAAUUCUAAAAUAUGAGUUUAGGUUACCUAUAGAGCCCUUGGCAAUGGCUAGUAAUUAUUUUAAUGAACUCUUUGUAUGUACUAAGUAAUUGGAGUUCUUUGAUUUGGUAAUGAAGUGUAAUCACUGAUGGAUGAGAUCCAGCUUAGCAUGAAUUGGGCAACAGUAUCUUGUAAUUAUGUUGUUUGACAUUAUUUAUGUCACUAUUGAAACCCAUUUUGGACACUUGAUCCUCUAAUAAGGGUAUGAAAUCUUUUCCUCAAUACUUUUGAUUCUAAUCCCAAAACUUCAAUUAUUUUGAAGCACUUCUUUGUAAAGAUUAGAGAAAGAUUGAAAGAAAAACCAUGCGGCAGGUGAUGUGCUUGAAAUUGGGGGUUGAGAUAAGAAAUCUAACCAGAAUCAUGAGUUACACCAGAAGCAUUGUUUCAUCACUUUCACGAAUGUCGUGCUCUCACAGGAGUCACACCUCUGUCUAAUUCAAGCAGUGUUGAAAAUUUUGAACCAAGUAUACCUGAGACUUGGAUAUCUAUCCCAUACCUGACACUUGGAUAUAUAUCCCAUACCUGACACUCGGUAGCCUGCCCAUGCAUGGAAGUUGCAUUUAUUGUUCUUCCCUUCAGCAUUUUUAAAUUAGUCAAAACUGCUGUGUAAUAUGAGAUGAAGAGAACAUACCAGAAAUCCAUUUCCAUGAGGAUCAGAAUUAUAUAUUGGUUGUUGGAAUUCUAGAUGGGGAUAAAGAGGCUAUGGCGCUAUGCUCAAGGGAGGUCAACAUAGAGUUAUGAUUUUUCAUUAUUUUCCUAUGGGAUGACUCUCACGAGUACACCCGUUUUGCUGGUACUAGGAGUAGUAAAGAUUCAGGUCUUCAUAUUUGCUGAAAUCAUGCUUGUUGUAGUUUUCAACUUGGAAGUUGUUAUGUAUCAGUCCGAAACUAGAAGUGGUGCUCUUGUGUUCAAGACUUCAAGUGCCCUGCUCUUUUUUAAAAUCAAGGAUAGGGGUUUGUUUGUAGGUCACUUGAAAUCUUGGAGACACUAGUAUAUAGUAUAUACAACCAAAUUCUUUCUA